CUUGUAUUUCUCUGUGUUCUCUAAGCAUGGGCUGCUCUGCCUGCUAUAAUGGCGGACGAAGGCAUGUCCAUUGUUCCCUACGGGUCAGGCAAUCUUGACGUCGUACUCCGCCAUAACGACUCUGUCGUUGUUUUCGACCGAGACUCCCAGCAACUUGUUCUUCGACAUGCAGCCGAAAGUGAUGACGGCAACCUGGAGCUCGCUGACUGCCCGUAUUGCCAUCGACCCCUACGUGAUAGCAGCUCAGCCCAGGACGACCACCAUGGCGGAACGCAGCCGGAAUUUAUCAACCCACACUAUUUCCGUAUGCUUCACAAUAGCUUGCCCAGCUCUGUGAGCUCAUCGAGCCCUCCGUCACCCCGUCGACGUCUGGUGCCGCCCGCACUUGCAGACGGUCCCACCAGCGAGCCCAGCUACUCGGGUAGCGGCAUACACUCUACGCAAGGAAUCUCUUCCGCCGCUUUUACGCAGGACUACUUCAAGAAGUUUUUCGUGGAAGAGACGGUCUUGGGAAAGGGAGGGAAAGGAGUGGUUUUGCUGGUAAAGCAUGUGCUGGACGGUGUAUCGCUCGGACAGUAUGCCUGCAAGCGGGUACCCGUUGGAGACGAUCAUGAAUGGCUAGAGAAGGUGCUCGCUGAGGUGCAAUUGCUGCAGCAUCUUACACACCAAAAUCUUGUUUCAUAUCGACAUGUGUGGCUAGAGAACGCGAAGAUUAGUACGUUCGGGCCCAGUGUGCCUUGUGCGUUUAUUCUUCAGCAAUAUUGUAACGCUGGGGAUCUGCAUAACUAUAUCUGUGGUUCGGUUGACACUCCGACAACCACUGAGCAGCUGAAGGAGCGUCUGCGCAGAAAGUCCCGAGGAGGGCCGGAACCUCCGCCUGAAGCCGGUGGCCUUCGCAAGUUGAACUUCGAGGAAAUUUAUUCUUUCUUCAAGGACAUCACCUCGGGGUUGCGUUACCUUCAUGCUAAUGGAUACAUUCAUCGUGAUCUGAAGCCAAACAAUUGUUUGCUUCACAAGACCAGUGAUGGAAUUCGAGUGCUUGUGAGCGACUUUGGCGAGGUUCAGGCGCAAGACUCGAUGCGGAGGUCUACUGGGGCGACCGGGACGGUUUCCUUUUGCGCUCCGGAAGUUCUACGGCGAGAUUAUCCAGGGGGUCCAUUUGGGAACUUCACCUUCAAGUCCGAUAUCUUCUCUUUGGGAAUGAUUCUCUACUUCCUCUGUUUUGCGCAGUUGCCCUACACGCACGCCGACCUGAUCCAUGAGGAGAAAGAGGACCUCGAUCAGCUCCGUGAGGAAAUCAGCCAUUGGGCUGGGUUUGACGAUGCGCAGUUUAUCAGGCCGGAUUUGCCUGGGCAGCUCUACACAUUCUUAAAACGUCUACUGUCCUUGGACCCUGACGGGCGGCCGUCUGCAGACGAGGUUCUGAGCGGCCUACAGGCUGGUGCCAACGUUAACGAGAGUUUUCGAUCAAGAAGGACCAGUCCAACAAGCCCUGACAUACGUCCAAGCGCGAGGAUUCAUCCGGUGGAAAGUACGGAUUCUCCAACCUUCCGGCCAUCCAGCUCUCCGAACAAGUCUCUGACACGGAGUCCAGUGGCUGUACGACGAAAUCCACUGUAUGAGCCGGAUGGUGCUGAGGCUGCAUCGAGGCCGGUUGUAGAAGAAACAAGCCCGUUGUCAGAGCGAAACACCCCGCUCAGCCCGGAAAACGACAUGAUGGUGCGGCCUUGGUUCUCCAGCGCACAAUCGCACUCUCCCGCACAAGCCGAACAUCGCGAGGUUCCCCAGGAGCGACCGCAGCCUGUCCAACAGUUACUACCCCCGCCUCCCGGUCGUUUCUCCCUGGCUAGAGUCUUCCCGGGCGCUGCAUCACUCAUCGACUCCCAGAUCCCUGCAGUGGCGUUGCAACUGGCGGCAUUCCUGCUCAAGGUCGUCUCCACCUUCCAGCCCUGCAGUCCUCUGGCAGUCAAUCCCUGGGUUGCUUAUCCUCUACUUCUGCUGGCUGCAGUCAACUUCCCGGCCGCUGGGCUAUGGACCCAGAUUGUUUCCCUUCUCCUCCACCUUUUGAUUUCCCUCUGCCCCCUGCCCGGCAUGGCAAUAAGCCCUGAGGCCAUUGAGCUCUCGGAAGCUACACACCUUGGGGAGGAUUUCCAGAAGUCCCAGCAGGUUCCGGGAGAUUCAGUCGGCGACACUACCGUCCGGCAGAAUCAUGAAGCUAAGCCUGAGGCCGAGUCCGAGCUUGAUGAGGCCAUCUAUCCCCACGGGGUCCAAUUCGUCCUCAUUUCCCUGUCCCUUUGUUUCUGUGUCUUUUUGGUUGGCCUGGAUGCCACGAUCCUAACCACCGCUAUUCCGCGUAUAACCGACGAGUUCGGGUCGGUGGCUGAUGUUGGUUGGUAUGAUGCUGCUUUUCGACUCACCUCCUGCAUGUCGCAGCUCUCUCAGGGAAAGCUAUAUGACAACUACCCGGUGAAAUGGGUCUUUCUCGUCAACCUACUGCUGUUUGAGGGUGGCAUCCUUCUCUCGGGCCUUGCGCCAAGUUCAUUCAUCUUUAUCAUUGGAAGGGCCAUAACUGGCUUGGGUUUUUCUGGGAUCAGUCAAGGCUGCAUGGUCAUCAUUGCAAUCUCUACGCCUCUACGAAGACGACCGACGUUUGUCGGCCUAAUCAGUGCCAGCGAAUACACUGCCAUCGCCAUAGCCCCUAUUCUUGGAGGCAUACUUACAUCCAACCUAUCCUGGCGAUGGUGUUUCUACAUUAACCUGCCUGCCGCGGCCCUACCAUCCGCCGUGCUUCUCCUUCUCAAGCUCCCGACCAUCACCCCCAGGGGCUCAAAAACACACAUCCAGAAACUCCACGAGCUGGACCUACUCGGGUUCUUCCUUUUCGCCCCCGCAGUGCUAUGCCUCCUCCUUGCGCUGCAAUGGGGCGGCGAUACCUACAGCUGGACCAACGGACGGAUCAUCGCCCUUCUCGUCCUCUCGCCCAUCAUCUUCACGGGCUUCUGUCUCCUCCAGCACCGCAAACAAGACACCGCCAUGCUCCCACCGCGCGUCCUCCGUAAACGCAUCAUUAUAACCGGCGCGGCCUUCAGCCUGUGUCUCUCAGCCUGCCGCGCCAUCGUCCAAUACUACCUCUCAAUUUGGUUCCAAACCGUCCGCAACGCCACCCCGCUCCAAAGCGGCCUCAACACCCUCCCCCUAGUCAUCUCCGUCCUCAUCAGCGCCAUCACCGGCGGUUGGCUCAUCUCCCGCACACGCACCUACACCCCGAUCCUCCUCCCCGCCUCUCUCCUCGUCAUCGCCGGCAUCGCCCUCAUGACAACCUUCACCCUCACCACACCUGCCAAGCUCUGGAUCCCAUCGCUCAUCCUCCUAGGCCUCGGCUCCGGCAGCGCCGUCGGCGUGCCCUUCAUCGCCGUGCAGGCCAUUCUCCCCAUGAAGGACAUCUCCAUAGGCAUGGCACUGAUGACUUUCUCGCAGGACAUCGGAGAAGCGGUGUUCAUCAGUGUGGCACAGGCGAUAUUCUUGAACCGGUUGACGGGAGAUUUAGCGGAGAGUGUGCCCGGGUUGGAUCCGGUGAUGGUGACCCAUUUGGGUGCAACGAGCUUGGAGGGUAAGUUGCCUGGGAAGUACUUGGAGGCGGUGAUAGGAGCAUACGAUGUUGCAAUUGGGAAGGUUGCAUCCUAA